GGUGCUACACUGCGUCAUCUUUAGGCGCCCGCAGCAGCGUUUCCUCGGCGUUGGUGUUUACUUUGGAGCGAGACUCUGUUUUUAAUCCUAAUAAAGGUAAUAAAUCUGAUUAAUAAUGCCGAAGGUGGUCUCCCGCAGUGUGGUGUGCUCCGACACGCGGGACAGAGAGGAGUACGACGACGGAGAGAAGCCUCUGCAUGUUUACUACUGCCUGUGCGGGCAGAUGGUUCUGGUUCUGGACUGCCAGCUGGAGAAAUUACCCAUGAGGCCCAGGGACAAGGCGCGAGUGAUUGACGCAGCAAAACACGCCCACAAGUUCUGUAACGUGGAGGAGGACGAGAGCGUGUACCUGAAAAGGCCGGAGGGGAUCGAGCGGCAGUAUCGCAAGAAGUGUGGAAAGUGUGGUCUCCUGCUGUUCUAUCAGCACCAGAUGAAGAACACUCCAGUGACGUUUAUAGUGGACGGAGCUGUGGUCAAGUUUGGUGAAGGUUUCGGUAACACCAGCGUCUACAGCCAGAAACAAGAAGCUCCGAAGAAAGUCAGGGUGAUGAUGACGAAGCGCACCAAAGACAUGGGCAAGUUCAGCUCUGUUACCGUGUCAACCAUCGAUGAAGAGGAAGAAGAAAUCGAGGCGCGUGAAGUGGCAGACUCAUACGCUCAGAACGCUAAAGUCAUCGAGAAACAGCUGGAGAGGAAAGGCAUGAGCAAGAAGCGACUGCAGGAACUGGCUGAACUAGAAGCUAAGAAGGCCAAGAUGAAGGGAACUCUUAUCGAUAACCAGUUCAAAUAGUGUGUGUGUGUGUGUGUGUGUAUGUGUGUGUGUGUAUAUGUAUGUGUAUAUAUACAUAUAGACAUGCAUAUAUAGAGAACACAUACACUGUGAAACAAAACAAAAAAAAGCAAUGCAUUGAAUUAACUUGGUUCAAAUAAUGUGUACAUCGUUUCCACAUGGAUAAAGUCUUUCAGUUCACUUAUAAGAAUAAUUGUGUUAAUGUAAUGUAUUUUAUUGGGAACACUUUAUUUGAAGGUCACCUGCAUAGGGACUUCAUAAAGUGUUCAUAAGCAUUACGUCAUGUAUUUAUAAAGCAGUAUUUGAGUGUUUAUAAACAGUUUCUGAACAUUGUUUAUGGACAGCUAUUGCCAGUCACAAGAUGCUAUACAGUGUAUUAUGUAAUAAAUAGAAUUUUAUUGACAUUAAAUUAAUGACCUCUUUCAUAUUUAAAGUGAUAUAGGAUAAUAUAAAAAUUAAACCCUUAGUUUUGUUUGAGAUAUAGGCCUCUUCCUUAUACAGUCUAUUAUAAUGCAUCAUAACAGUGUUAUAAAUCUAAACUAGUGCCUGUCACUUUAAGGGUUCUUAUGUCAAUACAAUGUCAUUUACUUUAUAAACAUCUUAUCACCAUGUGAAUACUGACAUAAGCUGUUUAUAAAUACUCAAUAAUUGCUCUUCAAAUACAUUAUUCAGUGCUUUUGCAUGUGCUACUAAGUCCUUAUGUAGGUUGCCUUUGAAUAGUGUUAUUAAUGUGGAACUGAUCUACACAUUCACGUUUUUGGGAAGUGUGUGUUUGUGUGUGAGUGAUUUGUUGAGACGACAUGAGAGAAAGCAUUUUUCUAUACCAACCAAUAUUUGUUUAAUUUGUAAAUAUCUGCAGUUCUGUUUUUGUUUCUUUUUAAUAAAAUGUUGCACAGAACAAAUCUA